AUGUCACGGCCGAUCCCUGAUUUCGAUGUUAUUGUCAUUGGAGGAGGUCAUGCUGGCACAGAAGCAUGCACAGCAGCAGCCCGCUCAGGAGCUCGGACAUUGCUAAUCACUCAAAGCAAAGACACUAUUGGCGAAAUGUCUUGCAAUCCUUCGUUCGGUGGGGUCGGUAAAGGUGUACUCGUCAAAGAAAUUGACGCUCUCGACGGUGUAUGCGGCCGGAUAUCCGACCUUGCUGGUAUUCAAUUUAAAGUUCUCAAUCGCUCCAAAGGACCUGCAGUUUAUGGACCGAGAGCGCAGAUUGAUCGCAAACUCUACAAGAAACAUCUUCAAGAAUACCUCAAUGGAUAUCCGAAUUUAACGAUCCGAUCGGGCAGCGUAGCGGAUUUGGUCAUGGAUCAAGGAACGGAUCAACAUGAAUACGAAAAGGUGAAAAGCAAAGGAGCGCAAACAAUGAUUCACGGUGUGAGGCUAGACAAUGGACAGAUCAUUUCGGCGCCCAAUGUUGUUAUCACUACCGGCACCUUUUUGGGUGGCGAAAUUCAUUUGGGGUUGAAAGCCUGGCCUGCUGGCCGUCUGGGUGAACAGCCCUCCAUCGGUUUAUCAAAAUCACUUCGAAGUGCAGGGUUCAAGCUUGCGCGAUUAAAAACAGGCACUCCACCGCGAUUAGACGGAAGAACAAUCAAUUACGAAGGAUUAGCUAUUCAAGAAGGCGAUCAACCUCCUAUGCCGUUUUCGUAUCUGCAUAAAACAGUGCCUUAUGCUGAUCAACAAAUUCUCUGUCAUCAAACAAGGACCAAUCCUGCUGUUCAUCAGUAUAUUGAGCAACAUUUCGAUCAGAGUAUUCAUAUUCGUGAAACAGUCAAAGGGCCACGUUAUUGCCCUUCGCUCGAAAGCAAGAUUAAGCGCUUUCGCGAUAAGACCGGUCAUACCAUUUGGUUAGAACCUGAAGGAUUUGACACCCAUCUUGUCUAUCCAAACGGAAUUUCCAACACAAUGCCAGAAGACAUUCAGCGUAAUUUUUUGCGCAUGAUACCCGGUUUAGAAAAUGUCGAUAUGGUGAAACCAGCAUACGGUGUGGAGUAUGACCACGUUGACCCUCGAGAAUUAAGAUCUACGCUUGAAACCAAACGUAUUAGUGGCCUGUUUUUGGCAGGUCAAAUCAACGGUACCACUGGUUAUGAGGAGGCAGCAGCCCAGGGAAUCAUUGCCGGAAUCAAUGCUGGUCUAAGCGCUCUUGGUCGUCCGCCAUUUAUCCUUGACCGAUCUGAUGCCUAUAUUGGCGUUUUGAUUGAUGAUCUUAUCACCAAAGGGGUUGAGGAGCCCUAUCGCGUGUUCACUUCCCGCUCCGAAUACCGACUUCUUCUUCGUGCAGACAAUGCCGAUAUGCGCUUGACCCUGAAAGGCUACGAAGCUGGCGUAGUAAAGGAUGAACGAUGGGCUCAUUUUGAUCGUACUUAUGUAGCCCUACGGACUGUUAUGGAGGAUCUGGAAGGACUCAAGAUGUCUGUCAAGAAAUGGAGUAAACACGGUAUUGUGUCUGGCUCAGGGUCGGAAAUCACCAAUGAUAAUGGUGUACUGAGAAGUGCCAUGGAUCUUUUAACUUGGCCCAAUGUAAGCUUGGAUCAGUUCCGAGAGCUUGUUCCUGCGCUGGAUCAUUUGGACGAGUCUCUUAAAGAACGCAUCAUGAUUGAAGGACGAUAUAAGCCUUUCUUGAAACGACAAGCUCUGGAAGUGGCAGCAUUAAAAAGGGAUGAAAAUCUCAGACUGGAUAUCAAUCUUGAUUAUGCCAACAUGGAUCAGUUAUCGAACGAAGUCCGACAAAAAUUAGCCGUUGUUCGCCCUGAGACGCUUGGUGCUGCUAAACGUGUUGAGGGAAUGACACCAGCAGCCAUGGUGGUUCUCAUGAAGCACGUUCGUCGCAAUAAUAGACAACUUGAAGAAAGCUCCAGCAGACUGAAGUCCGCCAGUGGGAUGGCAUAA